ACCUCACACACAAACACACACACACACACACCUCACGCUCAACCCGCAGCCAAUAAGGGCCGGAUGAGCUCAAGUAUCACUAUAACACAAGGACUUAUUCUCUGAGAGGAGCCUGUAGUUCCUUACAGAGCUUCACCUUCAUCGCUGGAGGAGGAUCUUCCCUUCAUCUCUCAGGUGAGAAGUCUGCUGUCAACAUGUCUGACACUGAGGACAUAGAUCAGGUGGAGGAAGAGGAAGCCCAGGAGGAGGUAGUAGAAGUAGAAGUAGCCCCUGAGGCGGAGGCCCAGGUAGAAGCAGAGCCAGAGGUAGAGCCUGAACCAGAGCCAGAGCCAGAGCCAGAGCCACAGGAGGUGGUGGAAGAGGCCUAUGAAGAGGAAGUGGACGAGGGCGAUCAAGAUGAAGAAAAGCCAAAGUUCAAACCGAGUGCUCCCAAGAUCCCCGAUGGAGAGAAGGUGGACUUUGACGACAUCCAGAAGAAACGUCAGAACAAAGAUCUGUAUGAGCUGCAGUCGCUGAUCGACGCUCACUUUGAGUGCAGGAAGAAGGAGGAGGAGGAGCUCAUCGCUCUCAAGGAAAGAAUUGAGAAGCGUCGCGCUGAGCGAGCUGAGCAGCAGAGGAUCCGCGCUGAGCAGGAUAAAGAGCGACAGGCCAGGCGGGAGGCGGAGAGGUUGAGGAAAGAGGAAGCUGACGCUCAGAGGAAGGCUGACGAUGAAGCCAAGAAAAAGAUUGCGCUGUCCAACAUGGGAUCGGGCUACACCAGCCACCUGCAGAGGAUCGACCAGAAGAGGGGAAAGAAGCAGACCGAGAGAGAAAAGAAGAAGAAGAUUCUGUCCGAGAGAUGCAAGCCACUGAACAUCGACAACUUCAGUGAGGACAAACUGAGGGAAAAGGCCAAAGAGAUGUGGGAGGUGCUCCGUAGCCUGGAGGAGAUCAAGUACGACGACUGCGAGAGGCUCAAGAGACAGAGAUACGAGGUCGUCUCUCUCAGAAACCGCAUCGAAGAGCUGCAGAAACAUAGCAAGAAGGGAGCCGCCACGCGCCGCCGCAGAAAGUGAGCGCGUCCUCGGAGCCGGUCAGCCCGGGCCAGCAGGAGGCACGAUCCAUCAGCCCCCCCCUGUGGGGUGGGGGUCUGCAGCAGCACCAACAGCUGGAUGUCUUAGCACCUGCCAGUGAAAUCAUUUCAGAAUGAAUUUGCCCUCAAUAAAGAAAUAAAUGUGUUUGUGUAAAGAUGUGACAUUCGAUCAAUAAAGUGCAGAAAUGCGUGAU